GUAAUUUACAAGGACAAUCAUACUAUAAAAGCAUUCAAAUAUGGCUAAAUUAUCGGGCUUACAAAAAGAAGUAAUAAGAUUGUACAGAGCUUGUAUCAGACAAAGUUAUAAAAAGCCAAUCGAAAAUCAGGGAAAUUUUCGAAAGUAUAUAAGACAAGAGUUUGGAAAAUAUAGAGAUUUACCAAGAAGAGAUUUUACGACAGUGGAGCACUUAUUGAGAACUGGGCAUAGGAGAUUUGAAAUGUUUUCACAGGAACAAAUAAGAGAUAUUAAUUGAUAUUUAUGAUUUUUCAAUAUUGCAUUCAAUAUCUGUAUUGAUCUGCUAAGUUUGAAAUAUUGAUUUUGAAGUUUUAUUAAAUCCAAAAUAUCUUUAUCGAGUUUAAUGAGCAUAGAAAUAAAAAAAAAGGUAAAAGAUGAAGAGAACAAAAUGUGAAUUGUAAUUUAAAUGAAUAUAUAUGAAUUUAUUUGGAUAUGAAUGUUUAAUAGAAUUUUCAUGUAUAUAGAGUGGC